AUGACCAGUGUCGCAGCCUUGGCUGGGAUACCCGCAUCCACUGGAAUUAAGGUAGUACAGCGCGCGCGACGCCACGUACAUGUGCUGUGAGGUGAAUAGGCUGCGAAAACGGCAACGCUAUUUUAAACACUUCCGCCUGUACUUUCGUGGGCGAUUGUUAUCGGUUUUUAAGGGCUUAAGCCUUUUAUUUAGGGAAAUAAAAGUAGAAGGAUUGUUCGUCAUUGCAGUAAAAGGAACAAUUUGUGCUAGGGCAGGCUAAAGUUAGAGUACGAUUUUCGAUCGACUUGUGGUUUACUGAAAUCGCUUUCGGUUGACUUUGGAAUAGCUUAGUAACUUUUCUCUUUAUUUCGGUUUCUUGGAAAAUAUCGAAAUAUUUAGAUAUAUUUUAAAAGAAACAAGCUGAUCAAAGCUUCUACUUGUAGAAUUUAGGCGAUCGGCUGGUGGCAAAGUUCCAAAUUUGGAUUGGUUGCGCAGUUGCGGUAAUUUAAAAUUUUCCGGAACCUUGUUUAUUUCUCACCUUUAAUUUUAGAAAAAUCUCUUUUAUUUAGCAACUUUUUCGAAUCCUGUAUUUAUCACUUAUCUUUCUGCUUUUAAGAAUGUAUUCAUCCAGCGAGCUCGCGUUUAAUUUUUGAGAAAGAAGGCUUAAGUUUCGUGGAAGUAGAACUUAUAUUCUAAUUCGUGUUUGCUAAUUUAUUACUGUUUACGUCUGCACUAGGCUAAGUUAACCAAAACUUUCUGACGUUUUUAUCCAAAAUGUAUCAUGAAAAUCCUGCAUGAUCCUUGGAGAUCGUGUUGACGCACGGCUCAGCUUAUAUCUGAGCAGUUUCCUUGGUUGACGAACCCAAAGAAUUAAACAAAGCAAAAUGAAAAACAUUCUUUAGCUCUGGUAGUGUUUCUAUGGCGCUCUCUCAUCUUUAUAAAUUUUUAAUUACACCCUUUAAGGUGUUUUUGUUUUGCUCAACAGCGGCGAUAUCACAAAUGACUUUGUUUGAGAAAAAGGAGAGAAUAUGAAUAUUUCUCUCGUAACAAGUCUGUUUCCUGAGGUGAAUCCACUUACCACGAACGACGUUUUCCCUCUGCACAACUGGCUUUUAUGCCUUCAAAAAAAUUAUUGAGCGUUCGAGUUUAUAUAAAGGUUUGGAACUAUGCCCAAGGGAUUUAUUUUCUCACACCAAGAAAAGACUAGUUGGUGUGAACAAAAACAUUGCAUUUAAUAAAUAAUAUAUACAUUUUUAUGUAACUUUGAGAAAAACACCGUUGCUACUCCAUUUUGCAAUGGCUUGUUUAGCUAAGCACAUAAACUAUAAAUGCAUUAGAACGCAUUUCAGAAGUUGGCUAAACUUAUUUCAAUUUGUUUGUGUUUUGUUUUAUAGCCACUGCUAUUUUAUUCAGCUGAAUUAAACUCAGCAUCUGAAACCAAGUCAUGUUACCUUAAAACCACAGCUUAGCACUUCAUUUCACCGAGUUUUUCUGCCGCUGCAAAAAUAGCCAUAACUCUUGAAUCAACAUCAUAUUAAUAUUAGAGCUAGAUGAGCUCGAUGAAUGUUCAUUAUCAUGAAUGAUAUUUCGACAUGACAAAUAUUACAAUAAUUUGACAUUAUUGGAAUUGCUGAGAGCAUCUGAAACAGCAAGACAAAAUCUGCUUUGUUGCAAAACAUCAGUGAGUUAUUGCAGAUUUGAGACAAGAUGUCAACCCUGUUUUACUGUAAUGACUUCUAACAAAUCCUUGACUUGGAUCAAAACAUCAUGAUCCAAGUCAAAUUUUGAAGAUUUGUAUGGAAACAUCCUAGCGUGCUAAUGAGUCAUCCAUCCAAAUACUGCAAAAAUGCUGAUUCUUGGUAAGGAAGCAUUUUUCGUUUUGCUCUUUCUGAAUACCUCAUUAGAUCCCAUAAUUUCUCAAACUGAGUUUCUGCGAUGUCAUUACUUUUAAAAUCUAUACCAUGCUCAUAAGCUUUUAAGUGAGCUGAGAUAGCGUAAGUGGAGUAGACGGUGAUACUUACACUUUCUGGUCAUUGCUGCUUAGUUGGAUGCAAUGCAUGUAGCUGCCCAUUGCCUAAAGUGCAGUGACAGUUACCCUGCGAGCAGAGGCUAUGUUUUCCCGGUCUGAGCUGGCGUGCGGAACUGGCAUGCAAAAUUACUUUUGCAUGCCAGCUCAUACUACGAAAAUGUAGCCUCUGCUUGCAGGGUAAGUGACAAUAUUCCUGUUAGUUUACGAUAAUAAUUUAUGGGGCAUCUUUCCACUCUCCUACUCAACUGUGAUUUUUAAUUUUGACUGUUGCAGCGCACUGCUGAGGAUUUACUUAAUAUGACAGGUAAGCAAUCUCCUUUUUUUAUCAAUUAAUAUUGUGUUCCUUUCUUCACAGACUUAAAUGUAGGGUCCCCUUGAGUUAAUCUGCAGGACAAUGUUGCACUCAGUAUAAGGUCCAUCUACUGUAGUUAGCUUUCUCGCACAGACAGAGCCAUUUUAGCUAGGGUUCAUCUGUCAUCUUGUGUACAAAGAAGAUGUCUGCUUCAUAAGUCAAGUCUGACUUUUACAAGGUGUGUAAGUGUAAGCAGGGUUGUUGCUCCAGGACAGUGGCUGAGGAUUUCCUGCAGCCACUAUGAAGAUGUUCCCUGGCUACUGACAUAGAAAACUAAAGGAAAUUAGAGCCAAAAGAACAAGGUGGAUAUUAUGGACUUCUUUAAUUGAGUUGUAAAUCAGUUAGCCUCAGGACAAUGCUGUGCAUGUUUUUAUCACCAAGUUAAUUUUAAUACAACUGUAGUGUUGAAGUCUCCAGGGUUCAACUCAGUGGUGUUAAAAAAACAAAUCUAAUCAAAUCGUUGAUGAUGUAAUAAUAUUGGUUCACGGAGGGGUUUUAAAGGGCUACCAUAUAUUUUAUAAUAAUGUAGUUAGUGUUAAGCAUGUUAUGUGACUUUUUUCUUUCAGGACUAAUGGGUGAUCAAAAAAAGGUAAAAUCCAGAUUUCAUUUUAUGUUAUAUAUUGCAUAAAAAUGCUAAUAUUGAUUUUGUGUUCCAUGUGAUAAUUACAUGUAUAAGAAGAUUGCAAAAAGGCGUUUAUUUUUGUUAACUUUACUUUUUAGGCAAGAUUUGACCAAACUCCUUCUAAAGUGAUCCAUGUGAGAAAUGUACCUAUAGAUGCUGUAGAUACAGAGGUAUGUGUUGAACGACAAGAGUAUUGUUUUCUGCAUCACUAUAAAUUGAUAGCUGUAGCCUUUUUCUGUAGAGCUAAAAGAUGUCUAGAAGGAAGGCCUGCGAUUCAUGAGCUGUCUAUUGCAGAAUAAGGGUGCAGAUGCCUUUGUGUACUUUUGUACAAGUGUUGUAUGUAAUGGUAAAAUUCUGAUAAGCGAUAUGGCCUUGAAAUAGCGAUAUAUGACAAAUGAAAUGGUGACAAUAAAUGACACAAAGAGGGGUUGAAACUGCGACAGGAAAAAGCCAAGUGCAAAAUCAAAAGCCCUGGUUAACAGAGAUUAACCCUUAUUCAGACAAGGUUGAACAAAAGAUUUUCGGUAUUUUGAACGCAAACCUUAAUUAAAUCAUCAAAAUUAAAGCAAAAAUUAUUAAAAGAUGACACAGAUCUACCACUAGCUAUGCCCUCAGGGACCAUGCCAGGACCUUGGAAAGUGGGCAGAGCCAUUUCCAAAAUGACUCCAAAAUUUGUGAAAAAGAACUUUUUAAAAUUUGCUGUAACAAAAGAUUUAGAACAUGCAAAAUUAAAAGCAGACCUUAUGGGGACCAAAUUCCUUAUGGGCAGUCUGUUUUUUUGUGUACAUGUACAAAACCUGUACAUGAAAAAAAAAAAAUUGACAGUACAUUGUACGGUAAUGUUGAUCAACUCUGUUUUGCCAUUACAGUUAGUCGCCUUGGCCCUACCCUUUGGCCAGGUUAAAAAUGUUCUCUUGUUGAAGUCCAAGAAGCUCAAUGAAGCAACCCAAGUAAGUGUAACUUGAAACUUCAAAACUUAAUUAAAAGCUACAGAGAGUAAUUGGUUUAUGCAAGAGGUAUUGUCUUGAAGGAUGAUUCUUCAGUGCACUUUAGCAUCUAGCAGUUAUGACAUUUAUCCAUGUUUAAGUUUCCUAGAUAAGUGUUUUUUUCACCUUACCAUUUUUGCAAACUCAGUGUGCAAAGAAAAGCAUGUCCAAUAUCCUGGCCAUGAAGCCAGUGGAUUUUGCUAUUAGGCUAGUGGAUUCUCUUGCUAGCUUUCCCCACAGGCAAGUGAAGUUAUUUGGGAAAUUCAAAUUACUGUAGUUAUUAAUCCUGCUCAUCCAAAAAUUUUUCAGGCUAGUGCAGCCACCUGACCCUAUUUAUACCAUGGCCCCUGUACCUUGGCAGCAGAUCAUAAUAAAUUAUUAUGAACACCUUCUUAGUAUAGUUCAUGUAUAACCACAAUUUCAUGGCCCAGUAACGGUCACAUUGAUGGUACUCCUGGCUCUAGAUGUUGAAAUGUGGUUGGUUAGCUCAAGGCCAGCAUGGAAAUUUGGUUUCUUUUUUCUUGCUGUCUUGCAGGGUUUCAUUGAAAUGGAGGAUAUACAAGCUUCAAUGGCUGUUCUUAAAUAUUAUACACAAGUUGCUCCCUGCAUAAGGUAAACUAGAGGCUAUAGAUGCCUCGUAACAAAUCUUAGAUGAUGCAUGUAUGUGAAAAUUGUUGUUAAGGUUACAUGUUUGUUGAAAUCUAGAAGCUCUGAAAUGCAGUUUUCAAGCAAUCUGGACAUCAAUGGAGUGUGAUUUUUGACAAUAUUACUUGCAACAAAUCUAUGUAUAAGGGGUUAUUGACAAAACCCAUGGUAAAUAGUACGAUGAAUUUAAGUACGUGUAGAAACAAUAAAUGUCAUUGUGAUGUUGUAUUUUCUUUGUAUUAUGUUUUAGGGGGCAAGUAGUCUAUUUACAGUUUUCCAAUCACACAGAGUUAAAGACAGAACCCUCACAACAUUCUGCAGGGGUAAGAUUUUACACCUCUUUACUGUUCAUUGUUGAUUUGCUAUUUGUUGCUCGUAUGUUUCUCAAUUCAUACAGCCAAUUAUCUCUAAGAGGGACACCAUUGGGGCCAGCCCAGACUCUCCAUCUUAAAGAGGUGUCCAGCUUAUAACGAGUUGAGGAAAUGUGACACCAGUAAUUAUAAUAAAAUAAAACUGAAUCCAAUUGCAAUAAAGGAGGAUGUCCGUUUUACUUUUGCAAAACAAUAAACCUUGAAUAUGAAACAGGAAAGUGGAAUCAUUUUGAAUUCUCAUUGUGUAAUCAAAUGUUCAUUACAAGCAAACAUUUAUGGCUUCAUGGUCUAAAACUGUAAUGCUACUUGUAUACACUCUGCGAACUGGAACAAGACCACCAAGUGAUAAAAAAUUGCAACUAAUUGUCAUUUCGAACACCUACAUUUUUGUUUCGAGAUAUUUUUUGCUGCAUAAAGCACCUCUCAAAUGUCUGUUGAGGUUUUCAAAAGUGUUUCUUGGCCAUCUUAUAGGAUUGUCUGUUGAGAGGGAGUUGAUUUUACUGUUCUUUUUAAACUUUGAAGCUUUUUUUACUUUAGGCAUCUAAGAUCAUUGCUGCAGCUCAAGGAGAUUUCAGCUCAUCUCCGUAUUCAGCAGAUGGACAGCAGGCUGCUGCCGCAGUUGCAGCUGCCGUGGCCAAAGGUGGGGCAAGGAGUAAUGUCAUCAGAGCAGUGAUUGACAAGCUAUGGUACCCUAUUACAGUUGAAGUCCUUUACAAGGUAUGUCUGAAAUUCUGAUUGCAGCAAGAGCUGUGACUGUGCGUUUUGUAUUGUGAUGGCCUACCAUGUAAAAUUAACUUGCAGCUGUAUUCAGAAGAAUUAUAGUGUACAAUGUACUCUCAAUGUGAUCUAUCGUACUAUGACAAACCGCGCUAAGGUUUAGAGGGUUGGAAGGUAUGUAAUGGCAAACACAUAACACAGCUCCCUGCCUGAAGGGUCUCAUGAGUUAUAUCCAGACCUCAGUGGUUAAGAAAGGAAGAAAUUUCUUUUCUUGUGUGUUUACAGUUUUUCCCCGUUAUGUGAGACAAGUUGUUGCUCUGGCUGGAAAGUUAUGGUUAAGGUUAAGGAAGGUUAAGGUCAGUGUGAUCUUGCUUUUUUUUCCUUCCUUGACAGAUUUUCUCCAGUCUUGGGACAGUCCUCAGAAUCGUCACCUUCACCAAAAAUAGUAAGUGUUCUGGAAAAGUUCUGUGCACGGAAUUUUGUUUCUAUUGAAGUGAAACUACACUGACACCCCGUAGUCACACCACAUGAUUUUCUGUUACAAACUCUACAGUUUAGACUGGUAGUGAAAGAACUAACAAAAGGUUUGUGUUGACUUUCAGGUCAGUUCCAAGCCCUUAUAGAAUUCAACAGUGUAACUGAAGCAGAGAUUGCAAAAUUGGUACAAAGAAUGUUGUUAUUAUGGCUUCCUUGUUUGACUCAUUGUGAAGAUAAAUGUAUGACUGUAUAAGUACUACACUGUAACAGCAUUUCUUUUCACUCUCCUCAGACACUAGAUGGACAAAACAUUUACAAUAGUUGCUGUACCUUGCAUCUUGAAUACUCCAAGUUAACCACAUUAACUGUGAAAUUCAACAAUGAUAAGAGCAAGUGAGUGUACAUUUGUUUGUCUCUGAUCCUAAUCCAUUUGCCCCUGGAGAUUUUGCCAAAAACCCUUGUGAUGUCAUUGAAGCCAUUUUGUAGUCACUGUCUGGCCAUUAAGAAAUCAAACAAUAAAAUGUAUUUCACAGGUAAAUUUUGUUUUUUUUUUACACGUAAGUUACAGCUGUAACUCAAAUUUAAAUGAAACAAAAAAAAAAUUGGGGACUUCAACGGGAUUCGAACCCAUGGUUUUUGCGGUAACUCAGUUACAAUCCAUUUUAAUCUUCUUCAGUUUUGCCCAUUUUAUGAUAACAUCUUUCUUUUAUAGAGAUUACACACGACCUGAUCUACCAUCUGGUCCAAAUGAAAGUCCUUUUGCUGGAGCCGACAUUGCUGGAUUAGCAGCCCUUGGUAAGCAGAUGCUUUUUUUUCGGUUGUUUGCAAAAAUGUACAUGACAGUGCAUACAUCAAUUUAUUACAUUAUUAAACUUUUAUUGUCAUUUGUUUCUGUUCUUCAGCUAUUGUAGCUACAUGUGUUGUGUGCACAAUGUUUAUUGUGAUGGUGAAUAUUAGGCAUGGUAAAUAUACAGUAUCACGCAAAAUUAAGUGACCAGUAUUGCUUUGUUUCUCGUGAAACUACAAUUAUCUUGUUGCAAGUGAAUAUACAAAGAAACAAAUGUUUUGGAAUUAAGUUCAAGUAAAAAUCUGCAUAAGAACCUGAGACAGCAUUUCAGAUCAUGGGUGAAAUAAUGCUCUUGCCUUGCUGUUGUGGUCGACUGCAAAACAGCCCAGAUUUUUUCCUACAGGUACAGUAGGUUUUGCAUGCAUGGGCUGUCAAAGGAAAGGUCAGGAGUGAGGGUGAAAACAGACAGUGAGACUUGGGAGAGACCCCCAAAAUUUGGACGGUCUGCUUUUCUCUAGUCAAACACUUGCCACGCAUGUCCAGGACGGCACUUUAUGCCUUGCAAAACUGAUUUUGAGAAGAAAAAAAAAACAGCUGUUUUGCAGUCUGCUGUUGUGGCCAAACUUGAAAUAGCUGGAACUAUUAUUUAUUUUUCUCUAUUGGCAAACAAGUUAUUAAACCACUUUGAAGUCAGCAACUUAUCUUUUUCCAUCUUUUGUUUGUCAGCUGGUGGUGGUGCAGCCGGAGCAAGUCUGAUGGGAGCCCCAGCUCUGUUGGGACUUCUUCCUCAAGGAGGAUUAAUUCAAGCAAGUAAGAAAGUGGGAAGUCACCAUAGUAUAAAAAGGGUUGAGUGAAAUAUUCCCCACAAGAAAAUUCCUUUUUGAUCAGUGAGAUGAGUGACAUGGAGAUGUUCUACCAGAGUUGAGAUCAGUAUGUGCACCAUGCAAGUAGAGCCUUUCUUUUUUCCUAGCUCAAUUUCGAUGUACUCGAGAAAGACUCUGCAUGGAUCCAGUAAGAUCUUUUCUGAGCAUGUGUUUAAUGUUACUAGGAUUCAGUUAAAUACCGACAGGGACAUAGUCUACUCCUCAAAAUGCAAAAUGACCCUAUUUCUCUAAGAGAACCUCAGUAUAAGCUUCCACUCAGCCAAAACGUGUCGUUGCAGAUUUACUCGCAGCAGCUACUGGUAGUCGCAGUGGAGGCAGCCCUGUUGUGCUCGUCAGUAAUUUAAAUGAAGAGGUGAGAGUGGUUUGGAGUUUUUAAAGUGUGGUGUUGAGCCCUGUUGCACUGCUAAAUACAAUAUACUUGUCUUUACUUUAUAUCGUAUGACAAAAUGAGGUUGAAGAAAGUUUGGCUUUUUAUUGUUCAAACCAUCAAAUGUUUUUGAGUUACUUUUGGAAUCAUAAUCCUUUACUUCACAAUAAUUUUUCUAAAGUUGCAGCAAAAAACCUUUUGUUGCAGAUGCUGUAAAAUUUGCAUUUAAUGUGUUGGUAGGUUACCGGUACCUUAAGCAAAACUUAAAUAUUCCUUUUUUCUAUUUUUGUUCUUCUGGAAUUUCACCAAAAUAAUAACGUGUUGCAAUUUGACCAAUAAUAAAUAAAUUCCGAUUUGAAAUUUCAACCAUCUCAUACAACAAAUUUUUACGUUUUUUUUAGCAAAUUUCAGUUAAAACAUCAUCCUUGGCAGGCAAACCAACUGCUCCAUUCAUUGUUCCUGCCAAAAUCUCAAAUUACAUGUAGCUUUUUUAAUCACUAUUUUUGGAUGUAGUUAAAAUGAGUAUUUUGCCUGUAUGAUGUGCAUCUAAUUCACUCUAAUUCUUAUACAGUACUUCCAACAAAAAAAUUCAUCAAAGCAUACCGUUCAUGUCACCUUCUUUUCUAACACCCAGGCAGCAAGUUUCAUGAGAGAAGUUUCAGCUAGCAUAAUCUUAAAUUGUUCUCUUGGUCAUCCCGGUGUACUUUUUGCAAGAACUUCUACAUUUCUGUAUUUUUGGUUUCUUAAAGCUUCAAAGUAACUGACAUUAUUUUGUUUAAUUUUCUGUUUUUAUUUUGUCUAAAUCUCCUUCUUUUUUCCUUGUAGCCUUAAAAAAAAUUUUCACUCCCAGGUGCAAACAACUGAACACUUAAGUUAAAGGGGACUUAAUUUCUUUUUCAUCAAUCAAAACACAAAGCAUAAUGAUCAAGUUUGGAUAGCUACAGUCACCAAUGCAGCACUUCCUGGGGUCGUCAUGGAUGCCUGCUAGGUGCAUGUAUUGAUGACCCGAAGAAUAGCUGCUUAGGAGACCUGGGUCACUUACCAGAGGUCAGAACUGGUGGGCUGGACCAGUCAAUUUGAAAAUAAAAUAGACCUUUCCUUAGAGUUUGGCUAAAAACCUGUCUGUGCUGUGCAUAUGUUUUAAGAAUGGACAGUCCUGAAUAACAGCUAAAUUCUCUCUUUAGCGGAACUGGUUUUUGCCUGCCAGUUCUUACUAAUGGAAGUGCCUGGGAAAGCUUUAUGUACUGUGCACUAUGUUCCUGUGGUACUUUCUAUUUUGCUAUUAAACAAGUGGCUCAGACUUUUGAGAUUGUGAUUAAAGUUCUUUGAUGUUAUCAUGUGAUCAUACUACAGGUGUUUAGAAAUGUUAAAACCAUUUUGAUGCUUUUUUUUCCUAACUGUUGUCUGUCGGAGAAAUCCUAAAUAGCUGCCUUCUAAAUUUAAUGAGAACUUUCUUUUAAGCAUUAAUACUCUCUGUUUGAUACUGUUUUCAGUAUUUUGAAAUUGGAAUUGUUUGGAACCUGGGAGUGAAUGUGUUUAUUUGUAUCCUGCAAUUUCUUUAAAACAACCUUACUCAUCUUAUGUUUGUUUCCUUCUUUCCCUCAUUAUGCUGUUAUCGACGCUGACUGAUGCCUACCCCCUUGAACUGUUCUCUCUUUUGCUGUCCACUUCAAUCUGCUCACGUCACUUGGAAUCCAUAUUCUAGAGGAUAAACUGUGACAUGCUUUUCACUUUGUUCGGUAUGUCUUUUCCCCCCAAGCCUCUGUCAUCACCCUUCUUUUUCAUUUUGUUUUUCCAUACUCAAGAAAGCCUGAUUGUGGAUGGGUAACCUUCAUUUGUUUCGGUGUAAUCAUGUUAUUAUUUUUUGUUUUUGAUAUUGUUUUUUAAUUUUGUUGGCAUUUCAUUGAAGAGCUAAUGCUUCUAACUUUCUCCUGAAUUAUUAAAUGCUAUCAAAGUCUGCUCCAUUAUGGCCCAUUACCUUUUGAAAUGAAUAGGAAACUUGUGCCUUAGUUCUCCACAGAACUAAGAAGUUAUCUGUUGGUGUACAGUUAAUAUUGUAAUAAUUAUUUAAGGCAACCCUUUAAGUCCUAAUAUAUAUCGGCAGGCAUAUUCUCCUUUCUGUUUAGGGUUGUGCUGUAGCAGUGCCGGUGGACUCUGGAGACUUACUUGCACAUUAGAGCCCUCGGAAAGUCUUUCUUUUUUCACAAAACAUAAUAGAUGUGGUUUCUGCAGGUUUUCUUGUAGCACAUCUUUUCUGUUCUCCAGUUCUCCAGUUUCUUCUAUAAUAAUUGUAAUGGGGGGAAUUUGCUUAAAAAUCAAGACAAAAAUAUGCAGUGUUGCAGGCAAGGAGGAAUUAGAUGCUGGUCUCUAUUAGGGCUUACAGGGUUCAAGAGAGAGCCUUAAUCUUACAGUAAUCCAUUUAAGAAAAUAAACGAUGUAACAAUUCAUGGUCAAAGAAUUCAUGCUCACUUUAACCAGUCGUUUGGAUGUCUUGCUAAUCCCAGAAUUCAUUUCUUUUUUCUUUCCUGUCUCAAUUUUUUUGUAAUCCCUAUGGUGUCCCUCAUUUGCUACAAAGUUGUAGCGGACUGAUGUCUGGAUUAUCCUAGUGGUUAAAUUAUCACCUUUACAUCUUGAAGUGUACAUUGCUGCAUUUGAAAGUUGAACGACUUCAUAUCACACUCUUUACAUUGUGCUAUAACAGGUUCAAUAAUGAAAUGCUUAAGGUGUGUUCCACUCAUAAAACAUAAACAGUCUGACUGUACACCAAUCCUCCAUCUGUAGGUGUGUAUGGCGACGUAGUUCGUGUAAAGAUUCUCUUCAACAAGAAGGAUACAGCACUCAUCCAGUUCAAUGAUGGUCAACAGGCCCAAACAGGUACUUCUUACAAUCAUCGUUCUUGUUCUUUUAGAGUUGUACAAAAUUUAUCAGACAAAUGAUUCAGAUAUUCUUUUGGAUCUGGAUGCACAAUGCAAUUCUAUGAAAUAAUUGUGUUGUGAUAUUUUGGCGGCGUUUGUACAUUUUGCGCCCACUUCUUGAAAAUGGUAGUCAUUUUGAAAUUAUGAUGCACGUAACAAACAAAGGCGGUCUCUGAAGACAGUGUUGUUUUAUACUUGCAUAAUGUUAUUAAAUAAUUGCCCAAUUCUCUUCCCUGGCCUGUCUUGCUUGAACUUAAUUUUCAUUUACUUCAAUUCUAAAUAGGGGUGAGAAAAAUCAGCUACAUAGUGCAUUAUUGCGAGCCAAAAAGCAAAUGGAAAAGAAAAAUUUGGGCCAAAUAUUCAAAUGGAGUUAAGCCAGUGUUUAUCAAAACUGCAUCAAUUGAAGAACCUUACAUAUUGCUUGACCUUUCACAUCAUUCUUUCACACUGUCUGUUCACUGUAAUUGGUUAACAGUUUCAUGAAAGCAUUAAUUUGCAUGUAGCAUAGACUAGAAAGGCAUUUAUCUUCUUAAAAGGACCCGGUCAGAAAUGGAUCUGGAGUUCUGAUGAUUUCUUAACUAGUAGCUUAAGUAUAGGGUAGUUGUUUAAAUAACCCUAGGUGUCGUAAAGGUCUUAACUGAGUAAACGUUGUUUUCAUUCUCAGCAAUUUCAAUUUUGAAUGGAGUUAGAGUUUAUGGAAAAGAAAUUAGGGUCACAGCAUCUAAACACUACUCAGUCUCUAUGCCCAAGGAAGGAGACGUAAGUUGUCAUGAUUCAUUAGUAGAGUGAUUUCAGUGUCCUUUUUGAACGGUUGUGUUUGCUCCAGUUUUAAAGGGGUAGUCUCAACAGAGAAACUUUCAUUUCCUUUAUUUGCAGGAAAACAAUCUGACCAAAGAUUUUACAAACUCACCUCUGCACCGCUUCAAAAAGCCAGGAUCCAAAAAUUUUCAGAAUAUUUUCCCACCAAUCAGAACACUGCAUGUUUCAAAUAUCCCGUAAGUAUUGGCUUUUAUUUACAUGGAUAAGAAUUAUAAAUAAAAUUAAUGAAUAAUGCUUUGGAGGUAGCGCAUCCACAAAGUAGUUUUUUGUCUACCUGAUUCCUGGUCGAAUUGGAAUUUCGAAAUAUUGGUUUUGUAGGAGAGGGGAAAACCAGAGUACUCUGAGAAAAACCUCUUGGAGCGAGGAAGAGAACCAACAACAAACUCAACCCACAUAUGGCGUCGACGUGAUUUUAUCACUGGUUCAAGUUUAAUUGGAGACUUUUCUCUGUUCAGCCCCUCUGAAGACUUAUUAAUUUUGUUUUCAAUUUUUAUAGACUGGGUGCUUACAAUAAGGCGGGGUCGUGGAAAGGGGGGCUCGUUUUUGUGCCAUAGAGUGGAGGCUUAUUAUGAUGGGCACUUAUCAGGGGCUGGGUCCAAUAAUAUGGUAACCAACAUGUCAUGUUUCUAAAAUGUUUCAUUUGCUGUGGAAAAUACAGUGACUCAGCAACAGAGGAAGAAUUGGUGGAUGCUUUUAGUGAAGCAGGGACAGUGACAGACUUCCGCUUUUUCCUGUGAGUAUUUGUAGAACUAUUAUUGCAGACAUGCAUCCUAGAUAGCACAUACAUGUAUGACAGUCUUCAGAAAUCUUAAGAACCAAACGGUAGUCAAAGCUGUUAAUGUAGCAUGUUACAUGUACGCUUCACAUGGGCCCAAUAGGUACAAUUUCUCAGUUUUAAAAGCAAUUUUCUGUUGAUCAUCAAAAUCUGUUUUGCAAUUGUUAUGGUUUGUAUUUCUUGUCUUGAUGAUUGACUCAAUCGUUCGCUUCACUUUCUCAAACAAACUUAUUUUGACCAGUUAGCAUGCACGUGCUUGGCACCAGUCAAGUUUUCCUUGAAAACUGAUUGACUGUUUCCACUGGUUUUAAAUGUUAUUUUAACUCGAGUAACAGUCACAUGAAAGAUGAAGCUGUUCAAGUAAGUUUCACAACUUGGAACACACUCCACUGCCACUCCACUGUUUUCCAGUUAGUGCAUGUACUCUCAUGGGACUAUUUUUAUAUUUCAGCAUAAAAACAACAGGACACUAAUCAUCUGCAGGACUAUAGAACUUAGCUUUUGAAGAAAUGCUAUGAUUGAAAAUAUUGAAAGAUUUAAACAAGAAGGGAAGUUAAAUAUAACAACUUGGGAAAUUCCUUUGUACUUAAUUGCCCCUUUAUUUGGCACUGUUUACAGGAAGGACCAUAGGAUGGCUUUCGUAAAUAUGACGUCAACAGAAGAAGCUAUUGAUGCUCUCAUUGUAAGUUAUUAAUCAUUGUUACUAUAAUAAUUCAAUUGAUAAAAGGCAUAUCUUAGCCUUGAUCAUGCAAGAGCUAACUUGGGUCUUUGCUACUCCCGACAGAAAAUGCACAACUAUAAAAUUACAGAGUCAAAUCACCUGAGAGUAUCGUUCGCCAAGCAAGUGAUGGCGUCCUGAACUGCAUCAUUAUUUUGGAGAAGCUUUCAUAUCGCUUGACCGUUCACGUCAUUCUUCCACAAUUGUAUGAACCAUUUCUUGCAAUCAGAUGGGCUUUGUAUAAAGACAACCAGAGUUCGUCAUGUUUUGCCCUUUUGCUGGUGGCAGGUAUGCAUUUUGGAAGCUACCAGGAACAUUUUGGUUCUCUCUUUUCUGUCAGGGUUAUGGCAUUUAUAUCCUGCUGUUUGGCCAUGUUUGUUGCUGAAGGAUUUCUCCUUAAUACUUUAACCACUUCUGAGGUCUCUCUACUCAGCAUUAUUUUUUUGGCAAAAGUGCUAUUUCCAGGGAUCUAGAGAAGGGAACAGCAAAUGUUAUGUGCUACCUCAAUAUCAUUAUUCUGAGUACUCUUUGAUUAUUGUUAAGUUGUGUACUUAAAUAUACAUUUCGCACAUGCAUUUUUUUCUUUGCGACGUUUUUCGGGUAAUGCGCCAACAGUUAACGUGCAAUUUUUUUUCUUAUUUUUGGUGUUUCUUUGCUACGACCAUAUUAUCGUCCUUUAAAUUUCUCGUUUCCUUGAAUUUAAUGUAAUUUAACAAUUUGAUGGGUAAAGUUAAGAAAGAUUUUUAAAAUAGUAUAUUAUGUUGUUGUGUUUCCAGUGUAGCAGGGGCAAGUUGUUCAAAAGCUGAUAAGCAUCAAUCUAGGUUAGGAGUGAUUUUACUUGAGCCAUGAAACAGAUACUAAGAAAUAGUACAAAAGAGCAAGAAGGAAACAAAAGAAGACAAUGGAAUCAGUGCAUAAUAGUGCGUAGUAUUCCACUACCUGUUUCACAGGUUAAGUAAAAUCACUCUAGUUUCUUAUAACAACCCAUAAGUCACUUUUACAGCCAACCCAAGAUUAGAGCUUUCUGCGCUUCGAACAAUUUGAACCAGAGUUGCUUUAAAACGUCCUAGAAUGCCAGUAAUUAUAAUGGGCUUGGGAUACUGGGAUCAAGAAAUAUGUGAUGGGGAAUUUAAAUACACGGAAGGAAUUUGAUUUGAAGAGAAGAUGUUGAAACACUGGCAUAUUUUCAAUUCAGCUUUCUUGAAAGGGGCUUUAAUUUAAGUUUAAUUUAGCUUUCUCAACUUCUUUGCGAGAAGCAUCAGUUGACUUUUGUGUAAUUAAAGAAAUAUGCAAUGCAAGGGGUAAAAACAGACUUGGAACUUUCUCAUAAAACUUAUGUCAAUGUAGUAAAACCCAGACGUAGAUUCUCUAAGUCUGCUACUCGGCCAAAGUGUUUCUUGUUUUUGUCCUUGCUUUGAACUCUUUCACACCCAGUAGAAAAGGUUAAGACUUGCAGCAAAGAUAAACUUUGCUGAAUAAUGAGGAUGAAAUCCUAAAGUGUGACCAUUCAAACAAACGCUACUGAGCAAAUACUUUCUUAUGGUAGUUUUUCUAUCAUGAUGUUCAAAGUGGUUUUAACUUUCGAGCUGUGGGCGAGUUCCUUUAAGUGUGACCACAUAAGUGAAAGUUACUGGGCAGUACUUUAUAGGGGGUUGACCGUUUCUGUUGGGUGUGAAAGCGUUACGUUCUUGUCUUUCCAUUUUUCAAGUCAGUAUAUAAAGUUUUCUGUUUGCUCUUUAAUUACUAUCCUACGCUGCCGUUAUUUGGGAUAUUAUGCAACACUCUCCGGCCCAAAUAACGUCUGCGUGGGGGACCAGUCUGUUGGUGAAUCCGUUCCAGUUGACCCUUCAACUCCCAUGAUCUGAUGAUUAAUUCUCAUUUCUCAUUGCUAAAUAUCAUAUUGAAUGUUGAAUAAGAGAAUUUUGGAUCAUAUCAUUAGAGACCUUUAGAUUCGAGGACGAGAUUUGAUUCAAAGUUUCUCGCGUAUUAUUAAAAAAUGGACACCCCUGAAAACUUCAGUGUACUUUUUUCACCAGAAAAGGUUGCACUGUUUACAUCUUUAUUGAUAGGAGGUCAAGCCCUCUUCUGAAACUUCUAACACUUGAUAACUUGUUUCCACUACGACAUUCUUGCUAAAACGCUUAGGACAAUGACGACGGAUGUCACGUUUUCCCGCCAAAAUGUCGUUGGUUUACACGCGAGCACUACUAAGCUCUCUAUUACAACAUCCAUUGGCUGAUAAAUUUGCCUAUUCUCAUCACUUAUUUGUUGGACAAUGUAUUGGAUAUUGUAAGGAGAAGUUAAUGCCAAUCACUCUUGGGAGUUGAAGAGUGAAGCGUUGCUUUGAUUUGAUAUGCUCUGUGUUGCUAUGGGUGCGCCUCGUUAAGAAAUUAGGACUACAUUUUAUCAAGUAUUGUAAUUGUAGGUACGCUUGAACCUUGUUUUUAGCGUUAAUUGAUGGUAUUGGAGGCAGGGCCUUGUAAAAACAUCAUUGGCGUCAAUUGCAUUUGUAGUAACUUUCCAUACGAAAAGGAUUUUUAGAAAAAUAAACAUUAAUUUCC